GGCUCGUCUCCUCCCCUCCCCCCGCGCAGUUUAUAACCCGUCCAUUGUGCGCCGCUGCCCCGUGUCUCCCUCCAGCCGCGACCAUGCCCAGGAAGAAGGCGGCGGCGGCCUGGGAGGAGCCGAGCUCAGGCAACGGCACGGCCCGCGCGGCGCCCAGGAAGCGCGGCGGCCCGGCGGGCAGGAAGCGCGAGCGGCCCGAGCGCUGCAGCAGCAGCAGUGGCGGCGGCAGCAGCGGCGACGAAGACGGCCUGGAGCUCGACGGGGCCCCCGGCGGUGGCAAGCGCGCGGCGCGGCCGGCGGCGGGCAAGGCGGGCGGCGCAGCGGUCGUCAUCACCGAGCCCGAGCACACCAAGGAGCGCGUCAAACUUGAAGGGUCUAAGUGCAAAGGGCAGCUUCUGAUUUUUGGGGCAACCAACUGGGACUUGAUUGGUCGAAAAGAAGUGCCUAAACAACAAGCUGCUUACCGCAAUCUUGGUCAGAAUUUGUGGGGACCCCACAGGUAUGGGUGCCUGUCGGGGGUACGGGUGCGAACGGUGGUUUCGGGGUCGUGUGCCGCCCACAGCCUCCUCAUCACCACGGAAGGGAAGCUGUGGAGUUGGGGUCGAAAUGAGAAGGGGCAGCUGGGCCAUGGCGACACCAAGAGAGUCGAGGCCCCCAGACUCAUCGAGUCCCUCAGCCAUGAGGCCAUCGUGUCGGCUGCGUGUGGGCGCAACCACACCCUGGCCUUGACGGAAACGGGCUCCGUGUUUGCUUUUGGAGAGAACAAAAUGGGGCAGCUGGGGCUAGGCAACCAGACGGACGCGGUCCCCAGCCCCGCGCAGAUAAUGUACAACGGCCAGCCAAUUACCAAAAUGGCCUGCGGGGCUGAAUUCAGCAUGAUAAUGGACUGCAAAGGAAACCUCUAUUCCUUUGGGUGCCCUGAGUACGGCCAGCUGGGACACAACUCGGACGGGAAGUUCAUUGCCCGGGCUCAGCGGAUAGAGUACGACUGUGAGCUGGUGCCCCGGAGGGUGGCCAUCUUCAUCGAGAAGACGAAGGACGGGCAGAUCUUGCCUGUCCCAAAUGUGGUGGUGCGUGAUGUGGCCUGUGGCGCCAACCACACGCUGGUUUUGGACUCCCAGAAGCGUGUCUUCUCCUGGGGCUUCGGUGGCUAUGGCCGGCUGGGCCACGCGGAGCAGAAGGAUGAGAUGGUGCCGCGCCUGGUGAAGCUCUUCGACUUCCCGGGGCGAGGGGCCUCCCAGAUCUACGCUGGCUACACCUGCUCCUUUGCCGUCAGCGAAGUGGGUGGCCUGUUUUUCUGGGGGGCCACCAACACCUCCCGUGAGUCCACCAUGUACCCGAAAGCAGUGCAGGAUCUCUGCGGCUGGAGGAUCCGGAGCCUGGCGUGUGGGAAGAGUAGCAUCAUCGUGGCGGCGGAUGAGAGCACCAUCAGCUGGGGCCCAUCGCCGACCUUCGGGGAACUGGGCUACGGGGACCAUAAGCCCAAGUCUUCCACUGCGGCCCAAGAGGUGAGGACUCUGGACGGCAUCUUCUCAGAACAGGUAGCCAUGGGCUACUCACACUCCCUGGUGAUCGCACGGGACGAGAGCGAGACCGAGAAGGAGAAGCUGAAGCGGCUUCCAGAGUACAACCCGCGCACGCUCUGAGGCGCCGCGGCCCGUGGCAGCCGUCACUCCACCUGCACUGGGACGGGAAGUCGGAGGAGGAAUCAAAAGCAGAGUUGACCGAAGGUGCAUUUUUGUUAGACUCCCCGAGGUUCCGUUUUCUACGUGAUUCAACGUUAACUACCUUUUUCUGUUUGCUUUCCAAAGUGUUUUUUUCUCCCUUCGAUGUUUAAUUAAAAUAUUUGCUCAUAGUUGACCUACCAUUCCUACAAGAGAGGCAGAAACUUGAGCAAUCUAGGUUUUUUAAGUUGUAUUUCUCGUCCCUCCUAAACACAGCCCAGGCCCCCACUCCAGCUGUCCUUAGCCUUGUGAUCCGCGGGGGYGCUGCCUGGGACAGGCAGCGCCACUUAUUUACUCA